GAUUAUUUUCCACUCAGUUCCUCGCAGUUUAAAAUGGCGGCGUUGAGCAGCGCCGAGUCCCUACCGCCCGUCUUUAACGGAGACACCGCGGAGCGGGAGCCGGGCAGGGAGCCGGGCCUGGAGGAGCUGGGCGCAGGGCUGGACUCCUCCUGCACGUCGGGGAUCCCCGGAGGUCCGCAGGAUGAGGAGAUCUGGAAUAUUAAACAGAUGAUAAAGUUGACACAGGAACACUUAGAGGCCCUUCUGGACAAGUUUGGAGGAGAACACAACCCUCCUUCCAUAUAUCUAGAGGCCUAUGAGGAGUACACCAGUAAACUGGACGCCCUGCAGCAGAGGGAGCAGCAGCUGCUGGAGGCCAUGGGCAACGGCACAGACUUCUCCUGCUCUCCUUCUCCUAUGCCAGCCCUUCUGGAGGUCAAGAUGGGAGAUUGUGGGCUCGCUGGGGGGGCUCAGGCCUUUCCCUCAACCCCCAAUACCUUGUCUGUCCUGCAGACACCCAUCGACGCCGGCCGAGCCAACCCUCGCUCCCCCCAGAAGCCCAUCGUCAGGGUCUUCCUGCCCAACAAACAGAGAACAGUGGUUCCUGCUCGCUGUGGAAUGACUGUGAGAGACUCACUGAAGAAAGCUCUGAUGAUGCGAGGCCUCAUUCCAGAGUGCUGUGCAGUCUACAGGGUACAGGAUGGAGAGAAGAAGCCGAUUGGCUGGGACACAGACAUCUCCUGGCUGACGGGAGAAGAGUUACACGUAGAAGUGCUGGAGAAUGUUCCGCUCACCACACACAACUUUGUGAGGAAGACCUUCUUCACACUGGCCUUCUGUGACUUCUGCAGAAAACUGCUCUUCCAGGGUUUCCGCUGUCAGACCUGUGGCUACAAGUUCCACCAGCGUUGCAGCACUGAGGUUCCCCUCAUGUGUGUCAACUACGACCAACUAGACUUGUUGCUAGUCUCCAAAUUCUUCGAGCAUCACCCGUUUACCCAGGAGGAGGUCUAUUCAGAGGGAACCACCCCCGUGUCUGAGGCCUGUCCAUCACUCCCCCCAUCAGACUCCACCGAUUCUAUAUGCCACACCACUGUGUCCCCGUCCAAGUCCAUACCCAUCCCGCCCAGUUUCCGGCCCAAUGAGGAGGACCACCGCAACCAGUUUGGCCAGCGGGACCGCUCGUCCUCAGCCCCCAACGUCCAUAUCAAUACCAUUGAGCCUGUCAACAUCGAUGACCUGAUUCGAGAUCAAGGCUUGCCACGGUCUGAUGGAGCCCCCCCGACCCACCCCGCCCGCUGCUUGAGGAAGCACCGAACACGGACCUCAAGCCCCCUCCUAUACUCCUACCCCAAUGACAUAGUGUUUGAUUUUGAGCCUGAGCCUGUUUUCCGAGGUUCCACCACAGGGCUCUCGGCCACGCCUCCCGCCUCUUUACCUGGCUCUCUGACCAAUGUCAAGGUUCCACAGAAGUCACCAUGCCAACAGAGGGAGCGCAAGUCCUCGUCCUCGUCCGAGGACCGCAAUAAGAUGAAAACCCUGGGAAGACGGGACUCCAGCGACGACUGGGAAAUCCCAGAGGGUCAGAUCACUCUGGGUCAGAGAAUAGGCUCUGGAUCAUUUGGAACCGUCUUCAAGGGGAAGUGGCACGGUGAUGUGGCAGUGAAGAUGUUGAAUGUCACUGCUCCCACACCUCAACAGCUUCAGGCCUUCAAGAAUGAAGUGGGAGUCCUCAGGAAAACGCGUCACGUGAACAUCCUGCUGUUCAUGGGCUACACCACCAAACCUCAGCUGGCCAUCGUGACCCAGUGGUGUGAAGGCUCCAGUCUGUACCACCACCUGCACAUCAUCGAGACAAAGUUUGAGAUGAUCAAGCUGAUUGACAUCGCCCGGCAGACCGCUCAGGGCAUGGAUUACCUGCAUGCCAAAUCAAUCAUCCACAGAGAUCUGAAGAGCAACAAUAUUUUCCUCCACGAGGAUCUGACGGUGAAGAUUGGUGACUUUGGUCUAGCUACAGUCAAGUCCCGCUGGAGUGGCUCCCACCAGUUUGAACAGCUGUCUGGUUCUAUACUGUGGAUGGCCCCAGAGGUGAUCCGGCUGCAGGACAAGAACCCCUACAGCUUCCAGUCAGACGUCUACGCAUUCGGCGUCGUGCUGUACGAGCUCAUGUCAGGAGCACUGCCCUACUCCAACAUCAACAACAGAGACCAGAUCAUAUUCAUGGUUGGUCGAGGUUACCUGUCUCCUGACCUCAGCAAAGUGCGCAGCAACUGUCCAAAGGCCAUGAAGAGACUGAUGGCCGACUGCCUGAAGAAGAAGAGAGAGGAACGCCCUCUCUUCCCUCAGAUCUUGGCGUCCAUCGAGCUGCUGGCACGCUCAUUACCCAAAAUCCACCGCAGCGCCUCGGAGCCUUCGCUAAACCGAGCCGGCUUUCAGACUGAGGACUUCAGCUUGUACGCCUGCGCCUCACCCAAAACCCCCAUCCAAGCCGGCUGCUAUGGGGAGUUUUCGGCAUUUAAGUAAGCUGCUGCAGAUCCCAGGAGUCCAUCUCUCUUCGUCACUUCUCAAAAGUCCAUGCGGUGGAUUCAUUAAUUACUGAAAAAAAUAGUCUCAAAGGAUGUGCUUUAUUCUUCCUCUGUCAACCGAAGAAGGCAGCCUCACUGGAGUCCUUCCAACAAAAAGCUGUCCAGCAGGUAAACAGCGACCACACACCACUCAAUUAGGAAAUACCCAAAACACAAUCAAGGAACUUGAAUUGCACAAAAAGUAAGGGAAAGAAAAACAAGAGACACAACUAUUCAUACCAAAAGGUUUUUGAGGAGGAGACGUCAAACUCCACAGAUGGACUUGCCUGCUGGAGGGAAAAGAUAAAGACCAAAGGAAGGCGAGAUGGAGGCCAAACGUCAGAUGAAGUCAAGGCGUCGGGCGCCCCUCGUCCCAUCAUUUCCUGUGCAGGUGAGGCUGUUCAUCAGCCAGGCGCUGAACUGCAGAAACGGGGCCUGUGGAAGGAGACGAGGCCUGCCGUCCGCCGCUUGAGAUGGAAGGCCAGGUGAGAGCCAAGCGUUAGCCAAUCCCAGAGAUGAGCCUGAAGUUACUCAGCAUGGUUAACCCCGAAGGAAGCUGACUUAUUUGUUUCUCAUGUUUCAGAUUUUUUACUUUUUUUUGUUCUGUUUAUGGCGGCUAUUUGAGAAGAAAGCUUUCUUUCCGUUCACACAGCACAGGUCAUAUGUUGAGCCCCCACAGCGGGCUCAACACUGACAUUCUGCAAAAUACUUCCAACACAUUCAACACCCAUGAGGAAACAGCUGUUUACCUACCGACAUAUUUUGUUCUAUCUUUUCAAACUUCAAAACCUUCAAAUGAAAACAGGAAUCUGGUAGAAAAGUGUUGGGGCCUACGCUUUUCCACCGAAAAUAGGAGCAGUUCUUUGGGAAGGAAAAUUGCUCGUUAGUUUGGUGUUAUGAGAUCCCCCAGAGGCAUUCCUCAUAAAAACACCUGGUCUAAGCCAACCAAUGAGAUGCUUGUUAAUUAGCCAGCUUUAGCCAUGUUGGAAAGAGACGCACGCUCUGCCUUUUCAAAGGUUCUCAUGUUGAUGUGAAAGCAGCAGAAGCGUGACGUGUUCUGUGACCACAGGAUCUGUUUACAGCGCGAAAUGCAGAUGAGUUGGGUUCUUAUGUAGUUUAAAGCGCCGGGUCAAAGCCAAGCUGAUGGCCGGCCUUUACACUGAGCUACGGAGUGUGUACAGUAAGUUGUGACACAGCAGCUUUUCGACAAAGCUUUUCUUUUGCUUCACACCCAACCUCCCAUCUCUUUUCUUUUUUCUUUGUAAUACCAAUUGCAUGUCGUUUUUCUUUUCCUCCCCCCUCACGUGGCUUUAAUAUUGCACUCACCUUAACAAUGGGGACCUCGCUUGCAGCUGCUGACUGAUGGGCCACAGUGUUUCCUGCUUAAAGGACCAGUGAUUAUCUGGAGAGAUCUGUCAUAAAAAGUUUGAAACGUUAUUUACAUUCUCUACAAACAUGCACCUUUUACUUUUUUUUCAUUCCAGUGUGUGUUGAGGGUUGCCGGUGUUAUUACAGGUUGUUUUUCUUUUGUUAUAGUCAGUGUUUGCCUUUUUCUGUACAGGCAGGCCUGCAGAUAUUUACUUAUUUAUGUGAUUUUUAUUUUUGUUUUAUUUAAUGUGGGAAUUAUUUUCAGUACUGGUUUAUUUUGAAGCUAUCAGUCUUUCUUUUGACGCUUGUUUAAGUCUUUGUGACUUGUGUACCUGCACUUUGUAGAGAUGGAGAGAAGCAAAUGAGCGACUUGCCUUUUUUUUCUUUUUUUUCUUGAAGAAUAAAUUGUGACAUACAGAGCUGAUGACCCAAAAUUAAAUGUCCAAUGCAUGAGCCAUCUGCAGGGGCUGAACUGUGAAUAUUUUUGCCUGGAAGGCUCAGUUGUUGUUUGAGAACUUCUUCGAUAAAGCCGAGUAUGUCAACUUACCUGCAGUGAUGAGACAGCUGGUCUGAGAAAUGGAUAUUGUGGAGCUGAACAUCUAGCCAAACACUGACAGAUUGGUUCUUCUCAUCAUCAAGGAUGUAUGUCUUUCUAUCAUUGACCCCCCACCAGCAACCAUGUUACCAAACAUUUUGUUGCCUCUCAUCUUUGUGCGUACAGGACAGAGAUGGGGCUGUGGGGAGUUUAGCGUAGCUUAGCACAAAGAGUAGAAGCAGGGGCGGAGCUAGCCCUGACCCCGGAGUGUUUUCAUUAUGGCCUUUGAUCACCACCUCCAGUAAUUUGGACAUUUCGCCCCAUACAUUCCAGCUGCUUUUUUCUUCCAUAUCUUGGAGUUUGUAUUUUUCAGAUUGUAAUAACUAAAUUCGAUGAGCCAUUCAAUGACUGAAACCCGUCACAUCUCAAGACGUUAAGAGUGAUUGUUUGUUAGCCCAGAAAAAGACACUACAAAACAUAAUCUAUAGUAUCUCUGGACUGAAUACACAAAGAUGAUAUUUCUAUUGACGUCAUAUAACCCAGAUUAAGACCGUAGACAAAAGCAUAUCCUUAACAGAUUCAUAUUCGAAGAGUAACUUCACCCAAAUGUGUGUAACGCCUGAUCUCUACUGGUAAAAGCAAGGUUCUCAAUGUCCAACUGCUAUUGGGUGGUCUGUGGGUUCGAGUGAUACCACUCUGCAGAUACAGGUGCAUUCACCUCGCCUUGCAGCACACCGAGUGUCGUACAGCAGCAACGUGGAGCGGGUGGACUAUUCCAGGUUUAUUACAACGUCGUUCUAAUGUUCCUGGUUCUGGUCAACUUUCCUGUCUCAGUACUCGCCAGGUUUGUGGCUGAGGUCAGGGAACACAGAAGGACUGUCACCUUUUGCUCUGAGAGCUCAAAAUAGUAACUGGAUACCCCUCCACUCACCCCCACCUCUCUGAGACUGCGGUAGCGUGAGCCGCUGAGUGCCGGGCGACUGGCAGUACCUUUUGGUCUUCCACUCAUCGGAGAACUACGGUGGCCUUCAGGUGAAAACGUGCAACGCUCUCACUAGAGCCGGGGUUGGGUUUGUCCCCUCUGGGCUGCUGUAGAAACAUGGCGGUGCAAACCAGCACAUGCCUUCUUGUGUGUCCAUUGCUGUGGAGACACUUGUUGAGCAUGCGCUGGUGUGAGUGCACGUUGACACAAACACCGUGGACCACAUACCAGCCAUCAGCAGACAGUGCCUGGUUCCACCCAUAGAUUCUAAGGGCUUCCAACCCAUACUUGACCUCCACUGGUAUAGCCACCAGAAGACGAGCUUGUUUGGGUUGUGAAGGAGACUUUGUGUCACUAGAGAUAGGAAUAUCUCAUUUCUUUGUCAUGACAUUUUGGAAGAUGAUGUGGAUGUUCUGUCAUCAGUAAAACUAAAAUAGCCCAAUAAUACUGGUACUGGCAGAAAGGGCUGAGGUUGUGUGGGCAAGAAAAGGAUUCUUAGUUUCAUCAUUGAAAUCUACAGGCUUUUUUUUUUCAAUUCCGAUUCAAUUAGUUGUUUUUUUCAACAUAAUUCUGAUUCAAGGCUAGAAUCGAACCUAUUCAGCUUUCUUUUUUUUUAAGCCGGACUGAUCUCAGAGCAGCUUUAGUCUCAGAGUGAGCGAGCAUUCCAAGAACUUCCUGUACAUUUCUAUAUUGGCUUAAAUGUUGACGAUGACGUGUUCAUUCUUCUCAAAGAGUGGUUAAGGAUAUAUAACAUAUAAGCUCAACUCAAGGUUGACUUAUUUGCUUGUUCUAGAGCUUUUGAUCUUGGGAAGUAGUAUUUCUAGAAGUAGCACGCAGCCUUGGUCCUCUUCCACAGACAUCAGUACCCCCCGCUGCUGCUGCUGCUGCUGCUGCUGCUGCUGCUCAUUCAGACUUCACACUCGUGCUCACCUGACGGGACCUGAGGAGGUGCUGGCUUUCCCAGCGUUGUAUUUAUUUUCCUUUGACCUAUAUCUGCUGAACCUUCAUAGAAUCUUUAGUAGUAAACACUGAGGCUGCCACACACCCUUCUGUCUCCUCUUUACCCAAAACCUUUCUGUUCUCUAGUUUCCUUUUCUCUUCUGAAACAUCCUCCUCAAACCCAUCAACUGUAAUGAAAAACUUCAUGGAGACCUGUUUUGAUUUAGAUUUAUUUUUCACCUGUAAAUAGUUGUACAAAGGAGACACUGUCAGUUUGCUCGGAGGCAUGGAGACUACAAAUGUAACAAAUUAUAAAAUGUUCAACAUUUAGAGAUUGAAGAAUAAAAGACAUUUUGAUAGGCAGACUUCUGUGAAAAAAAAACAGUUGAGUGUAAAAAUAUUUAAGGCUGUAUCAUAAGGAGAAAGAGCUUAAUGUAUUUGUUGUGAAUAUGAAAAACUGAUAUAUUAAAGAAGUGCAUGAAAACUGUA